AUGACAUUUUCCAUGAAGCCCUUUAGAUCUGUCGUUUGUAUUCUGGUGAUAUAUGGCUGUUUCGAUUGCAAAAUUGCUCCUAUUGGAGCCAGCGAUCCGGCGCUUGGGGAAAACGUCAACAAAGGAAGCGAACAAGAGAGAAAGGCUUUCAUUUUAAAUGAAGAUGAUCUGUUCGAUGUAUCGAGUUACCAUAAACAGGUCGAGAGAAGAGAGAAUAAAUAUGAUAAGGGCGAAACGGAAUCUUAUACCAUCGAUGACGAGGAUGGCGAGCGAGUAAAAAGGGCAGUAGGAAGCGGCGACGAAAACGACCACGACAGCGACAUACAAGCUGACGAGCCCGCUGCCUCUUCGGAUGGCGGCGGUAAACAACAUUUGAACAGUUCAAGCCUCGGUACGGUAUUCGUCAGUACAAUAACAUCGGACAUUUCUACGCGCUCGCUGGACAAAAUAGUAUCGUUUAAUUCUACAGCGAUUGCUAGUUCGACUCCUCUAAUGGGCAUUACGACAUUUAAUGUUAUUGUUUCUACGAGUGUUUUACUCGAUGUUAGCGCGAGCAAAUCAGACUUUUCAACACCGUCUUUGUCUACUAUUCAUGGCAGUUCUGAUACAAAAACCAAGAGCCACACGAACGUUUUUGCGAGCAUGGAAGCGUCUUUCAGUGCAUCCGUUUUGGUGACACGAGUCACUAGAGCUUCAAGCGUUGUGGUGAGCACUUCGUCGAGUUUCAGUUUAAUAGAGCCGACUUCAACACCGACCAAGACAACUGAAACAACCACAAAGGAAGGUAACGUAGCGAAUCAGAAAGAUCCUUCGCCGAGAAAGAAGACUUUGUUCGGUUUUGUAACCAUUGAAAUCCUGGUGGCUCUACUGGCUGGCGCAGCAUGUGCCGUAAUAUUGGUCGUAUUUUUGGUUUAUCGCCUAAAGAAGAGGGGGGAAGGCAGUUACGAGCUUCAAGAAACGUUAAUGUUGAAAUCAGGCGGUUAUUCCGAAGAAAAAGAAGUUUUUGUGUGA